CAGAUCAACAUGAGGCCAUACCAAGUAGUUUGCAUCGUAGCUGUGGCAGCUCUGCUGCUUCUGGAGGCGACUCCCGCGGAUGCGAAGCGGCGCAAGCACAAGGGAUCCGACCACCACAAUGAAAAGUCCGAUCCGCAUAAGACCAAGACGAAGACCAAGUGGUCCAGCUCCACGGAUCUGGCUGGAAGCACCCAGGUCUCCACCGAGGAGCACGGCUACUACGUGAAGCGCACCUAUGCGGCGCCCGGAGAGAUUGACGCCGCACAGAAGCGUCUAAGUCCGCCCUAUUUGGCCAUUCCCAUCGCCUGGUUCAGCUGUGAGGCUGUGGGCCAGAAGAACUGCCAGACCUCCAAUUCCGCGGCUAUCAACAGUGCCGCCCAGUCCUUGAGCGAGGGCUAUCUGUGCGACGAUGAUUGCCACGAUCUCUAUGAGCCCAUCUGCGGCAGGACCUCCUCAGAGGUGGCCGUCUUCUACAACAAGUGCAAGCUGGGCGUGGCCAAGUGCCGAUCCCACGGUCUUUGGACGGACUUUGCCUACUCCGAGUGCCAGGAGAAAUAUCCGCAGGAAACUGCCUAUGCCGACAAGAAGUUCCGGGCAUCGCCUUAUUUCCGGGACGCCGCCAUCGUGGAGCAAAUGAAGCUGGAGGAGGAGAAGCGUAAGCAGGAGGAGGAGCAGCACAAGCUGGAGAAGGAGCAACACAAGCUGGAGAAGGAGCAGAAAAAGAAGGAGAAGGCUGAGAAGAAGAAGAACGAGAAGGACAGCAGUGAAAGCAGCGAAGAGAAGGAUGACAAAAAGGACAACAAGCAGAAGGAUCCUCUUGCCCUGCUUCCACAGAAGCCAGUGGAAUCUCCCCAGAAGCCAGUGCCAGUGGCAGUUCCUGUUCCUGUUCAAGUAGCCAUCCCAAAACCAGUUCCAGCUUUGGAGCCUGCCAAGACGACCGAGGACAUCGCCCUGCCCCCCAUGCCACUGAAGGACACUCCCACGCCCAAACCUCUGGAGAUCGCGCCCCUUCACCAGCAGACUCAACCCAAGGCCAAGGACAACGAUAGGCUGAAGUACCACGUAGCUUAG